AUGGCGGAGCGGAGGAUCUCCUAUGCUCCCGAUGUCGAAAACGGUGACCGUCACCGUGACACCGAUGUGAACGACGGCAACCUCGAUGAGUACUCGGCUCUCAACCGCUACAUCUCGACUGCCCGCGAUGGCCGCCGUGGUUCUACCUCCAGUGCUGGCGCGCUCAGCACCCAGGAGAAGAAGAAGCCUUUCUGGAAGUUCUGGGCCAAGCAGGGUGAUGGUGUUGAGGAAGGCUGGCAAUGCCCCGAUGAGUGGCUCGAGACCGAUCUUCGCUCCGGUCUGAGCUCCAGCGACAUUGAGCCUCGCCGCAAGAAGUGCGGCUGGAACGAGCUGGUUACCGAGAAGACCAACAUCUUCAUCCAGUUCAUUGGUUACUUCCGUGGUCCUAUUCUCUAUGUUAUGGAACUUGCUGUCCUCCUCGCCGCUGGUCUGCGUGACUGGAUUGAUUUGGGUGUCAUCUGUGGUAUUCUGCUCCUCAACGCCCUGGUCGGUUGGUACCAGGAGAAGCAGGCUGCCGACGUCGUUGCCUCUCUCAAGGGUGACAUUGCUAUGCGCGCUAUUGUUGUUCGUAACGGUCAGGAGGAGGAAAUCCUGGCCCGCGAGCUCGUUACUGGUGAUAUCGUCGUCGUCGAAGAGGGUCACGUUAUCCCCGCCGAUGUCCGCCUGAUCUGUGACUACUCCAAGCCUGAGAUGUUCGACGCCUACAAGGAGUACCUCGUUACUUCCCAGGAUGACACCCUCAAGGAGAAGGAGGAUGAGGAAGAUGAGGACAGCCGUGAGAUUCACCAGGGUGUCUCUCUGAUUGCUUGCGAUCAGUCCGCCAUCACUGGUGAGUCCCUCGCCGUCGACAAGUACAUGGCCGACACUUGCUACUACACCACCGGUUGCAAGCGCGGCAAGGCCUACGGUAUCGUCACUGCCACUGCCCGCCAGUCCUUCGUCGGUAAGACCGCUGCUCUCGUUCAGGGUGCCAAGGACUCUGGUCACUUCAAGGCUGUCAUGGACAACAUCGGUACUUCCCUCCUCGUUCUCGUCAUGUUCUGGAUUCUCGCUGCCUGGAUUGGUGGUUUCUUCCGUCACCUGAAGAUCGCUACCCCCGAGGAGUCUGACAACAAUCUGCUUCACUACACCCUGAUUCUGCUCAUUAUCGGUGUCCCCGUCGGUCUUCCCGUCGUUACCACCACCACCCUCGCCGUCGGUGCCGCCUACCUCGCUGAGCAGAAGGCUAUCGUCCAGAAGCUCACUGCCAUUGAGUCCCUCGCUGGUGUCGACAUUCUGUGCUCUGACAAGACUGGUACCCUCACUGCUAACCAGCUUUCCAUCCGUGAGCCCUACGUCGCCGAGGGUGUUGAUGUCAACUGGAUGAUGGCUGUCGCCGCUAUUGCCUCGUCUCACAACGUCAAGAACCUUGACCCCAUUGACAAGGUCACUAUCCUUACUCUCCGCCGCUACCCCAAGGCCCGUGAAAUUCUCGCUCGUAACUGGAUUACCGAGAAGUACUCUCCUUUCGACCCCGUCUCCAAGCGUAUCACCACUGUCUGCACUUGCGACGGUGUCCGCUACAUUUGCGCCAAGGGUGCCCCCAAGGCUAUCCUUAACAUGUCUGAGUGCUCCGAAGAGGAGGCCAAGCUCUACCGUGACAAGGCUGCCGAGUUCGCUCGCCGUGGUUUCCGUUCCCUCGGUGUCGCCGUCCAGAAGGAGGGUGAGCCCUGGCAGCUUCUGGGCAUGUACCCCAUGUUCGACCCCCUCAUGUUGACUGGUGACGCCAUCGCUAUCGCUAAGGAGACUUGCAAGAUGCUUGCUCUCGGUACCAAGGUUUACGACUCUGAGCGUCUGAUCCACGGUGGUCUCGCCGGCUCUGCCCAGCACGACCUCGUCGAGAAGGCUGAUGGUUUCGCUGAGGUCUUCCCCGAACACAAGUACCAGGUCGUCGAGAUGCUCCAGCAGCGUGGUCACUUGACUGCCAUGACUGGUGACGGUGUCAACGACGCUCCCUCUCUCAAGAAGGCUGACUGCGGUAUCGCUGUCGAGGGUUCCACCGAGGCUGCCCAGGCUGCCGCUGAUAUCGUCUUCCUUGCCCCCGGUCUGUCUACCAUUGUCGAUGCCAUUAAGCUGGCCCGUCAGAUCUUCCAGCGCAUGAAGGCCUACAUCCAGUACCGUAUCGCUCUUUGCCUGCACCUCGAGAUCUACCUUGUUACCUCCAUGAUCAUCAUCGACGAGACCAUCCGCUCUGACCUGAUUGUCUUCAUUGCCCUGUUCGCCGAUCUUGCCACCAUUGCCGUCGCUUACGAUAACGCUCACUUCGAGGCCCGCCCCGUCGAGUGGCAGUUGCCUAAGAUUUGGGUUAUCUCCGUCGUUCUUGGAAUCCUGCUCGCCGCCGCUACCUGGAUCAUCCGUGCCUCUCUCUUCCUGACCAACGGUGGUAUCAUCCAGAACUUCGGCUCUCCCCAGGAGAUUCUCUUCCUUGAGGUUGCCCUGACCGAGAACUGGCUCAUCUUCGUUACCCGUGGUGGCAAGACCUGGCCCUCGUGGCAGCUGGUCAUCGCCAUCUUCGUUGUCGAUGUCCUCGCUACCCUGUUCUGUGUCUUCGGCUGGUUGUCUGGUGACUACACCCAGACCCACCCCCACGACCCUGCCACCUUCUCCAUCAACGGUGAUGUCGACAUUGUCACCGUCGUUGUCAUCUGGGCCUACUCCAUUGGUGUCACUGUCAUCAUCGCCGUGGUCUACUACAUCCUGACCAUCAUCCCCGCUCUUGACAACCUUGGCCGCAAGACCCGCUCCAAGGCUGAUACCAAGAUCGAGAACAUGAUCGCUCACCUGUCCAAGCUGGCCAUUGAGCACGAGGUUGACUCUGAGGGCAAGUCCCGCUACACCCUUGGUGCCCGCGCCGAGGAGGUCGAGGAGGACGAGUAA